CCCCAUCUUUUUUUUCCCUGUGCAUCUUGAAGAUGAGUAACUUGUCCUCCACUCCACUGUGUGUAUUUAAAUCGGUCUGGGUCGCUGCCAAAAAGCUAUGAAAUAUGAUAACAUGCACACAAAAGAGGUUCCAAGUCCCCUCCCCCUCCGUCUCUCCAUCCUUUAUAACCCUUUUAGAGCGAUAGUCCCAUGACCUCUAGCUAGCCAUGAGUGUAUUUGAGCCUGUGUGUUUCUAUCAGACAGGGCUGCGAUAAUGCUGCGGUGUCUGGCUGAGAACACUGUGUGCUGGCAGCUCUGUGAUUUAUGUCUGUGCUAGAUUCAGACAGCUUGAGUACCGAGCCUUGAUCUCACACACACACACACACACUCAAGACACUCACAGAUGUGCUCUAAAACAUCAUCCCUUUGAGUCUGAAGAGGAAGAGCUUGCUGGUACUGAUUCGGUUUCUCCUGUCCUGGGCCUGGCGACAGCAACAACCCAUGUGACUUUGCUCCAACCAAUGCCGAAGCAUUCGGGUUAGGGCCAGCCCGGGCAGGGCACAGCAGCAGCAGCAGUUCGAGGUGGCUGCCUCCUUUGGAAGGAGAUCUGAAAACAGCGUGUGAGAGAGAGAGAGAGAGAGAGAGGGAGAGAGAAAGAGGCAAAAAAGAACAAAUGUGAAAAGGGGAGGGGAAUAGUGAGCAAGCAAGUGGGAUGCAAGGACAGUAGAACAAUAAAGAAGAAAGAAUGGGGUGGCUUAUCGGAUGCUGAUCCUUGAUCAGCGAUGUGCGGGUCUGCUAUACGACAUAAACUGACAUGAACAGUUUUGAGGACUGAGAGCAAAACACAGGAGGGAACGUCUGAUGGGGGUGAAAGAAGAGCAAGGGGAUGUCAUACAGCUAUCUGGAAGUUCACAAAACAUGACAGAUGACCUCUUGAACUGCUUUGAGAGGGGGAGAGCACUAUGGACGGAUCGGAAGAUGCUGUCCACAGCCCAGCAGAUGCUGCAGGAUAGCAAAACGAAAAUCGAGCUGCUCCGCAUGCAGAUUGUCAAAGUCACGCAGGCCAGAGAUGGAGAGCGGGAGACCACACAGCCAGAGGGUCGCCCCUCUGAGACAAUUAGUCCACUUGAACUGCGGGUGGAGGAGCUCAGGCACCAUCUGAAGAUUGAGGCAGCUGUGGCAGAAGGUGCCAAAAAUGUGGUCAAGCAGCUCGGUGUACGCAAAGUGCAGGACCGACGUGCUUUAGCAGAGGCUCAGGCCCGUUUGCAGGAGUCCUCUCAGAAACUGGACCUGUUACGUUUGUCUCUGGAGCAGCAGCUUGGAGAACUUCCACAUGACCAUCCCAAACGAGCUGCUAUUAAAGAGGAGCUGACAGUGGGGUCCUCGCCUGUCGUUGGGUUGCAUAGAGAUCGUCUGUGCUCUUCAUCUUCAGCAUCCUCUUCGCUCUUCAAACCAGCCAGCCUUACAGGGCGUCUGGAGGUCAGACUGAUGGGUUGUCAGGACCUGCUGGAGUCAGUUCCAGGCCGCUCUCGGUUAAGCAACAUGUCCUCCGCCCCUGGAAGUCCCUCUGAGUCCAAAUCACUGAGGAUAAGAACCGGCCUCUCCACCCGCAGCACCAACGGCAAGCCCACCAAGACUGAUGAGCUCUCAACGGAGAUCAGCGCUGUAUUGAAGGUGGAUAACAAGAUAGUGGGUCGCACACAUUGGCGGCCGCUGAGUAAGGAGGCCUGGAAUCAGAGCUUUAGCAUCGAACUCGAACGGUCUCGGGAGCUGGAGAUUGCAGUUUACUGGCGAGACUGGAGGUCUCUGUGUGCCGUGAAGUUCUUGCGUUUAGAAGAUUUCCUAGACAACCAGCGGCACGGCAUGUGUCUUUAUCUAGAACCACAGGGCACACUGUUCACAGAGGUGAGAUUCAACAAUCCUGUCAUUGAGCGGCAUCCUAAACUACAACGACAGAAACGAAUUUUCCCAAAAGAAAAAGGGAAAAACUUCCUGCGGGCAGCACAGAUGAAUAUGAACUUUGCCACUUGGGGGCGUCUAAUGAUGAGCGUGCUGCCCCCCUGCAACAGCACCAUCACCGCCUUGAGCCCCCCUCUGCCUGGUUCUGAGCCCUUGUCCCCUCCACCUGUGUCCACGCCCCCUUCCUCUGGAGACUCAGCAGUUGUUAAACUGAAUUUCAGUGAGGAGCGUCCUGCCAAGCCCCCGCGCCUCCACUUGGCACAGAACUCUGUGACUGAAGCAUCACUUUCUGGGACUCUUGCCAAAGUGAAUUCAUCUGAGGAUAACCAAGGUCUCAAAGGCAGGCCUGUAUCCCAGCCUACACCUCAGAGGAAAGAGGGGGUGCAGAUGGAGGACUUCAACUGCAUUUCUGUUUUAGGAAGAGGGCACUUUGGAAAGGUCCUGCUUGCUGAAUUCAAAAGGACGGGGAAACUAUAUGCCAUCAAAGCUCUGAAGAAAGGGGAUGUUGUGACCCGGGAUGAAGUGGACAGUUUAAUGUGUGAGAAGAGAAUUUUUGAGACCAUAAAUGUGUCCCGUCAUCCUUUCCUGGUGAACCUGUAUGGGUGCUUCCAGACGCCUGACCAUGUGUGCUUUGUGAUGGAGUAUUCACCUGGAGGAGACCUGAUGACCCACAUCCACAACAGCAUCUUCUCUGAACGGCAGGCUAGGUUUUAUUCUGCAUGUGUAUUACUAGGCCUGGAGUUCCUGCACCAAAACCGGAUUGUAUACAGGGACCUAAAGCUGGACAAUCUGUUAAUGGAUUCUGAUGGCUUUGUGAGAAUUGCAGAUUUUGGACUUUGCAAAGAAGGUAUGGGAUAUGGCGAUCGCACGUCAACCUUUUGUGGCACCCCAGAGUUCCUGGCCCCAGAGGUUUUGACGGACAGCAUGUACACCCGUGCAGUGGACUGGUGGGGUUUGGGUGUGCUUAUCUAUGAGAUGCUUGUGGGAGAGUCUCCAUUCCCCGGUGAUGAUGAGGAGGAGGUGUUUGACAGCAUAGUGAACGAUGAAGUGCGCUACCCAAGGUUUAUGUCCCCUGAGUCAGUCUCUAUAAAACAAAAGUUGUUGCAGAAGAACCCUGAAAAACGACUGGGAGCAGGAGAGCAAGAUGCCAAUGAAGUGAAGAGACACAGGUUCUUCCAGGGCAUAGACUGGGAAGCCCUGUUGGCCAAAAGAGUCAAACCUCCUUUCCUGCCGUCAAUUAAAGCCCCAGCAGACGUCAGUAACUUUGACGAGGAGUUCACGCGUCUGAAGCCUGUCCUGACCCCUCCGCAAACCCCGUUCUUCCUCACCACCGAGCAGCAGGAGUUCUUUGCAGACUUUGACUUUUCUGCCCUGCACUGACUUCCACUCGAUUAACCUCAGAAGGGGUUGUGACAUAUCAAAUCUCGGCUUUCUUUUCUCUCUGUUGUCUUUAUGCAAUUAUUCUCUCUCUUGUUCUCCCUUGAGAUAUGCAGUCGAAUCAAGUGAAGCUGGCCUCGUGUCACCCUUUAAAAGCUGUUCAUGAAGCUGGCUGCAAAUGUGUGCUUAAGCUCCAAAGACAGUCCUGAUUGGACCGUGUGAUCGCCCCUGAACUGUGCGCCCACCACUGUGAGUAAGCUCAGAUAUGCUCAGCUUUUAACUGCCCAUCCCUAAGAUACAUGUAUGUUUUUGGUUGGGUUAUACUGUUUAUCAUGUCAGUCUGACCAGCUGUUAAAAAGUCUUCCUGUUACAAUGAAUUAUGAUGCCAGAAUAUACCUGCACUGUUGCUGAACACAUGAUUGUCAGAUUCAGACGGAAGGACUGAAUGCUGUGCCGUUUUUAAGGUUUUCUGAUGUAGCGUAGAUCCAAGCGAUACAUGCGGCUGGAGCGUCUUAAGCUUCUUAAGUUCCAGACUGUAACUAUCGGCGUGCGUUCCCGGUGUUAGAUCAUGCAAAUUCCUCCCCACUUAGUCUGUGUGAUGUAUGUUCAUGUUAAACCCUCACAUGUUGAUCUCUGGUUGUUCCUAAUCUGGAUUUGAUUUAGGAUUGGUGCCCCAGAUAAAUGUUGCUUGUUGAAUUCGGACCAGUUGUCAACUUUCCAAACGGAGCUCUUUACUGUACUUCCAGACAUCUUGUGAGUUUCGGUUGCAAACGGCGAGUUGCUCGAUGCCGUCUUUCUCUUUGUAGCCCUCCUCUGGACAAAUCUAAUACUGCGGAAUUAGACCAAGCGUAUUCUACUCGAUGUCUUAGCAUGAUGCAGUUAGCACAUUAACUCGCUAAGCUGAUAUUUAAACAUUAAUAUUGAUAUUUUGCUUUCAGUGUCAUAUUACAAAGCUUAUUACGUUCUUCGUUAUUUAAGGUGUUUGUCUGUAUUUUACUUUUGACUACAUAAUUGUAUCACACUGUAAAUGUGCUUUACUACUGAUAUGUUACACUGUGAACAAUGCGACACUAAAAUAUUUAAAUGCAAAUUGCCAUUUCUAUGAGCCACAUGAAGGACAAAUAAAUAUCGAAGUAAAUGUAAAAGAAAGGGAUGAAUGUAUUUUCAGAAAUAAAAUACAAUGUAACCA